CAGAUAUGGGUCACAUGCAGUGAGAUUCCAGAUGCCUUGGAGAGUUUUCCUAAAACUGGGACAUCAGGUUGCCAGAAAUUCCAGGCUUCUGUUGCUCCUUCAUACCUGCAUUGAUGAGUCAGUGAUAUCAUCAAGAAGGCAGGAGACUGGAGAGUCCUCUGGCUGUCCUAACUGGAGCCACCGGGAUCUGCGGGACACAGCUGCCUCCUGCCUGAGUGUGCGAGUCUCCGGGGCCAGGUUCAGGAUGGACUGUGAGCUUUCAGCAGCCCUGCCGGAAACAACAGGUUUGUCUCCUGUCAUGCCUGACACGCCGGUGGAGGAGUCCCUCUUCAACAUCAUCCACUGCUACCACCAGUAUGCAGCCCGGGAAGGGGACGUGGAGACCCUGUCCCUGGAGGAGCUGAAGGCUCUGCUCAUGGACAAUGUGCCCCGCUUCAUGGAGACCCUGGGCCGGAAGGAGCCAUACUACAUUGCAGAGUUGUUCCGGGCAGCAGACAAGAACAAAGACAACCAGAUCUGCUUCGAUGAGUUCCUCUACAUCCUGGGCAAGCUGGUGAAGGACUAUCACCUGCGGUACCACCGGCAGUUGUGUGCCCGUUACUCUGCCCAGCACAGCCUCUACUAGAGGGAGGGCAGGUGGAGCCUGUACCCACCCAGGAGAGGAGCCAAGCAGAGGACUCUGCUGCUCGUCAGUGUGUGUGCAUAUAACCGAACAAACUCGCACAUGUAUUUCCGAGCAUUAUUUGGCACACGGUUCUGGGUAGUGUAGUAGUCAGCCCAGAAGUGGUCUCCACCCUGGAGAAUGUCCAUUUCCAGGGAGACCCAGUCUGGCCUUCGGCUUUCCCUCUGUGAGGAGGGGGAGGCUCUCGUCUAAGGCAGGUGACCCUCUGACAAGGAAGCCAGGCCUCACCAGGGCUCACUGGCCGGCUGCACUGGACAUGGACCCAGAUUUCAAAGGUGUCCUGGUUUGGUGAGCCUCAGUGAGCCUCGGUGAGCUUGUAUUGCAAGGGGGACUAGUCUGGGCCUGAAAAGCGGGGAGAAUGCAUUUCCAAAGGAGGAAACAGCAGUGGGGACCGUGGAGUAUGUCCAGGAGCAAUAAAAGCUUUGCUUGGAAAUCAGUGUCCGAGGAAAAUAUAUGGACUCAGUGGGAACGGGUGGGCAGGACCAGACUGGAAGUCCUCGAAAGCUGAGCGGUAGGAUUUAGAUAAUGGGACCCUGAGCAGUUGUGCAAGGAGGGGGCAGUGACAGUGUGACCAGCCUUGCGCUUUGGGAAACCAUCUGGGGGCAGAGGGAAUGGGCCCAUUAGUGCAGCCUGAGCCCGGGGCGGGGAAGUGAGAACAUCAACACCUCAGACCCCAGCUGCAGACCCAGCGAGAAGGAUGCAGAGGAGGUGGAGUCUCGGGUGUUAGCGACUGAGGGAAAGAUGGUGUGGGUAACCAGCAUCACAGGCGUUGGGCAGGGAGCCACCGUGCGAGGGGACACUGAGCGCCAGGUGUUGUGCGUGCUGAGUCAGAGAAGGGGACAAGACCAGAGGGGAUGAUCCAGGCUGGAGAACUGUCAACACCUGUCAUGGGAUAGCGAUGAGCAAAGCCGGGAGGCUGUCAACAAGGAAGGCUUCCCGGAGGAGGGAAGUGGCGGCUCUGGUUUUCACUAA